CGACGUCCUCAGGUCCGCGACCGUCACCGGCCACAGCGUUUUUUGUCGACAUGGGUUUCCGUCAAGCCGUCGUCCUGGCCUCCGUGUCAUUCUUCCUCGGCGUGCUCUUCAUAUGCUUCAACGUGGACUACCGAGUGUUGUACAACUACAGUGAAGCGGCGGCGGAGGACGGCUUUCAGUUCUACGCGACGUUCUUCAACUCCCCCCCUGCGAUCAAGGCGUUGCUACAUGGCAUGAUGGGUGCGGGCCUUGUCGGUCUGUUGGCCAAGCUUUUCGUCUGGACAGAAAGCGCAAUGUGGUUCGACGGCUCUUGUGUCGUCGUGUACAUGCUCGCCAUCGUGGUUUACAUGACUGUCACGAUCCCAUCCAUGCGAACCAUUGUCGAUCCCGUCGAUGUUGAUACGAGAGCAGACCGCAUUGAAGCCCUGCGAAUCCUCGCAGCGGGCAACACAAUCAUGAUGGGUCUCCUCGGCGCCGUGAUAUGUCUACAGGCAGGACAGGAGUAUACCAACCGCUUGAUGGCGAAGGAGCUCGCUGCCAUAGAAAAGGAAGAACGCGACAAGAAAGCGGCCGAGGCGGAAAAGAAGGACCAAUGAGCCGACGCAGCAGUAACGUCGGGGCCCAUCGCGGUCCGCCGCGGCCCCGCCUCCAACAGGCCCGCAGCGUCUUUGUAUUCGUGGAAGCACCUCAGGCUCCGACCCAUCCACUCUCCAGCUAUUUGCGCUCCAAACAGAGAGCGCCCGCAAGGCUGAAUCCGAGUUUCUUGGUGGAGGAGGAUGCCAAAUUAGGCAAUUGAGAACAUUAGGGGAUGAUCCAAAAGGGGGGAGUGGCGGUGCAAAAAGAAUGAUCCGAGGAAUAUCCGAAUAGAGGGGAGCGCAACGCUGGAGAGCGGCUGGCACAUAAUGUAAUUUGCAAUUGAUGCCGGAGCUCGGCUCUGACACAUAUUCUCCCAGGGUAACUGAAGACCCAGCUUGGGGUCAACAACCCCGCGCGGGUAGCACAGCCACGUCCCUAAUCCGGCUCAUACUGCUGCAAUCCCCUAGUAAUCCCUGAUAGAGGGUACACGAUCCUGUCAUC